AUGGGCCCCUGUACCGCCUCCUCAUGCUGCUGCCAGGCCCGUAAUCUGCCAUGGGCCCCCGUACCGACUCCUCAUGCUGCUGCCAGGCCCGUAAUCUGUCAUGGGCCCCUGUACCGCCUCCUCAUGCUGCUGCCAGGUCCAGAGUGUGUCAUGGGUCCCUGUACGGCCUCCCAUUGCUGCUGUCUCCAUCGCCACACUCUGCCAUGUGCCACUUUCAGGUCUCCUCACACUGCUGGUGGGUUCCAUUUUUUCAUAGGGUGCUGUAUGGAAUUCCAUUGCUGCUGCCUCCACCGCCACACUGUGGCUCCACACUCUGGUUUUGGCCCCGUGACUGCCCAAAUGAGUGAAGUGCGCGGUGAUUCUAAGAUCGACGGCACUCAUCUGCAUGUCAUACUGACUGACAGUAUUAUUUCUCUUCCCCAGCAGACUCCAAGGGCAUUUAAAUUAAAGGUACAGUGUUCU